GACGACGCUUGAUGCGUAUGGUUAUGCGCAAGUUUGUUUGGAUAGGUCCUAAGUAGCAAUUAAAGAUGAUUGGCCGGAUAAUCACAGAUAAAAACCAAUCAUUUUUAACUGCUCAAUGAACGUUUACGUAUCUGGAUGCCUAACCAAUAGUCAAACCGAACGUUUCUCUUUUUUUAUGCGUUGAAUAUUUUGUUUUUAACAGGUUGGAAGCCCUGCAGUGUGUACCAAUUUGAAACGAAUCUGACAUGUUUAAAAGUUCGGAAAUUUCAUUCGCGUGAGCUCCGAUUUAUACAUUUAUAGUUCACAAGUGAACUUUAAUGAGAUAUACCUCGCAAAUCGCCAACAAUCGACAGAAUUGACCGAGGUUUCACAGCGGAAUUUGUUGAACGAAAGGCUUUGUGGAGAACCUGAAUCUGGAAUCAGAGGGUGGACCUGUAGAGUGGAUCCGUUUCUCCGUGCUGAUCGUUUUGCAAUGGAGCAAGCGAAACGAGGCACGCCGAACGAGAAGCAGCAGUGUGAGAGCCCGUUGGCACGUAGUCCCUGGAUGCGCGGCACCCCAGUGAAGCGGAAUGACGUUCGAGCGACCUUGAAGCGCCUGACGUAUCAAAACAACGCGCAAUGCUUCGCAGUCCUGUCGAAUUAUAUGACACCACCGACCAAGUUGAGGAAGUUCAUCAACAAUAAUCCGUUCGAGCCUGACCUGAUCAAUAGCUUGCACCUGUCAGCAAUCAGUCCGACUGUAUUCACCAAGGUUUCCAGCCCUAUGAAACAGUCACCGUCGGGGUUUGCGUGGAGCAUAGAAGAGUUAGCUCACAUGAAACCUGCGAAGAUUGAAGAGUCUGCUAUACAGCAAGUGUGUUCUCCGGAUCCAGAAACAGAGAUGAGAGCUCAGGCAGCUAUAGAUCGGUUCUUUAAGGAGACUCAUAUUCCUAGUCCCUGGGAUAUUAGGGAGAAGAUGGAGGGAUUUCCUUUGAAUGAUUUAAAUUCUACCCAGGAACUGUCUAAAUCGACGAAAGAUGCAUGGAGUCAGACAGUACUAUCUUUACCCCUGAAUCUGCCUCAGAACGUGGAAGAAGCUCUGAAACCCUUUUGCACCUUCACUCAGGAACAGAACGCAGACAGAGACGAUGUAAAUUCGAGCAAUAGUUCACUAAGAAGAAAAUUAUUUUUAUGUCACGACGAGGGUACUGACAACGAAAGUAUAGCAUCGUUGUCACCAAUUAAAAUGGCGUUACCCUGCAGCCCUCCUGAAAGUGGUAUGAUUGAUGGUGCGCUAUUAAAGCUACUACAGACUAGGCGGCGAAGCCGUGGAUCGUCCGUAGUAACAUCUGAAGAGUUGUCACCCAACAUAUCGCCAAUACAUAACGCCGAUAGGUUGCAUGAAAGAAUUGAAUAUUGCUCUCGUACGGCCACUCGGUUAAACUUCACAGUAAAUAUGAGUACAGACGAUAUAAUCGAGGAAAAAAGAUCAAGUUCGGUUAAUGGCUAUUAUUUGUUAGAUAUGACCAAUAGUGAAAAUCACGUGAAACGUACCGAAGACAAUGAUGAAAUGAUAAUUGUAAAUAACGAUAAAACAAAUGCGUGUGAUUCCAUUAAUAUGGAGGAAUUGCCAAACUGUACAAAUUCAACUGACAAUACUACGUAUUCCGACGCCAUCGUAUUUAGCGAUAAAGAAUAUAAUAACGAAAUUAGUAGUUUGAAAGUUGCGCCGGAAACGGCAAGUUUUUCGCGCGAAGAUCACAAAUGGAGUAACAUAAUGUCUGGCGCGUUUGAACAGCAAAAUAUUUCGAACUCGGUUCAAGACACUGGUUAUCAAACUCACAGUAUGAGUAGCACAUUGCCCACAAUAGAUAAUUACAAUACUUCAACGAACUACAAAACUCUUUGUAAUGAAAGAAUGACAUCUAAGGAGAAUGCUCAAUUAUCUUGGAGAGAAAGCAUAAGAUUUAGUUCCACACCUUCCAAAUAUAACAAAGAAAAUGAAAGUUUAGAGUCGUAUGAGUCAUAUUCAUAAAAAUGCUCAAAAUGUAUAAUAUUUAGCUUAUGAUUAUUAUAAAAAAUAAGAUAAAUAUGCAUGACUUGUUUUUGUCUAUACUGUUAAUUUAUAGUCAAUCAAAUUGUUUUUGGAUAAAUAGAUCUCAAUUUGUCGUAGUCAAUGUUAUCUUCUUUAUAUAUUGAUUUGAUACUUUUAAAUAAUUUAAUCCAAUUCGAUCUGCCCAUAUGAUUGAUUAUCACGGGCAUUAUUCUAAAUUUUAAUGUGUUAUAGAUCUCAAUUUUAUUUAUUAUAUAAUUUAUCUUUUCGACAACAUUAUACUGUUACAUUCGCAUUUGUUUCAUUCUACCAAAUAUUUAAAUGUAACAUUUUGAAGCUUUUGUUAAAGGACUCUGGAUUAUUUCAAAGAAAUGGUUGAAUUUUUGAAUUAUUUUUUAAGUAUAUACUCAACAUCAUUGUACCUACUAUUGUAUAUUGCCAAUAUAUAAUUGUCGAUUAAUUAUAUCACAUUAUGUCGUACUUUUUGUUAAAAAAAUGACACAAUACAAAAAAUCAAGUUUUUCCAAAAAAAAGAAAAAAUUACUCCUUUUGCUUAAUAGAAAAUUAUUAUCUACAAAGUAAUGACUUAAAGGAUAAUGUUUAUCUAAUUCAUUCAUAGUAAUAACUUGAAAUUCACGUUUGUUGGUUGUGUCAUUUUUUAAGAAAGAGGGUGAUUAAAUCAUAAAUAUCAUGUUGGAAUAAGAAAUACUGAAUAAAAUGAUCAACAAGU